AUGCAAUGUGUUGGUAGGCGAACAUUACUUAUAGUGGCUGCAGCACUGGUUUGGAAUUCAGUAAGCUCCAGACGGAUUUUUGUAAUAGAUUCGGAAUGUACAAGCUGCUCCUACUAUACGACUCACAUUUGCAUAUCGCCCUUUCUAUACAGCGAGCAUCUUGUUAACAGCAUUGAAAGGCAGAUAUCUUCCAGAUUUGAACCGUGCUUAAAUGGAAGCCAACGAGAGGCUGAUAGGAGGCCUUCACGACCGACAGAAAUUAUGGGAAGAAGAGGAACGGUGAUUUUGGCGAUGGUGGAAUGCAGUUCAAGGCAAAACUGGAGUGAACUUGCAGAGAUGGCGAGUGUAAAAUGGGCAGACAAGUUAUCGUGUCAUUUUGACGCGCUGAUUGUUCUAUUUCAUCAGUGGAAGCUUAUUCCAGUUUUAUCCGUUCGUCGCAAUACAAGUGCACUAUGGGGUCAACUGCAAUUGCGAUCUUACCAGGUCGUAAUUCCCACAGCUUUCGUCGCAGAUUACUUUGUGAUUUUCCUGCAGACAAUGAGGUUGUAUCUUUCUGCCAUACCAAAACUUCUUAGGAACACUUUUGAUUGAAAUGUUCGGCUGAACAGAUAUUGUGCAUCUGAAAGGAAUCGGAAAUAAGAGGCAUCUUCCUCACACAAAUAACCUCUUGAUUAGUAUUGUUUCUUCAGCACGUGUUCAAUGAAUAAUAA